AUGUCUACGAUCCCUGUUGGCGAGUACAUCUUUCGCCGUCUACACCAGCUCGGCAUUCGCAAUAUCGUUGGAGUACCUGGUGACUUCAACCUGAACCUGCUCGACCAUGUCUACAGCGUGCCGGAUUUGCGCUGGGUUGGCACCUGCAAUGAGCUCAACGCUGCCUACGCGGCGGAUGGAUACGCCCGUGCUCGUUCCCUGCCCGGCGUCGUCGUCACUACAUACGGAGUUGGAGAGUUGAGUGCCCUGAACGGCAUAGUGGGCGCAUACAGUGAAUACAUACCAGUCAUCCAUAUCGUGGGAAACACGUCGAGAGACAUGCAGCGCAACCACACGCGUAUCCAUCAUACCUUGUGGAUGGACCAGUGGGACCACCGAACGUAUCAGAAGAUGGUUGAGCCUGUAGCUGCCGCUACUGCCUUCCUGGAUGACGAGAGUAAGGUUGCUGCCGAGGUGGACCGUGUGAUUGAAACAGCUAUUAAGAGAAGGCUGCCCGUCUACCUGUUCGUGCCAUUGGAUAUUCAAGAUAGUCCGAUUGAUGCCGCCCCGUUGGAGAAACCCCUUGACCUUACUGUGAGGAAUGAGGGUAGAGAGGCGGAGGAGGAUGAGGUUGUCGAGGAAGUCGUCAAGCGUAUGGGUCAAGCCAAGGAUCCCGGUGUCUUGGUUGACAUGUUGAUGUCCAGGCAUAACCUGUACAAGGAAACAAGUGAGCUUAUCAAGCUGCUAGCUGCUCCAUGGUAUACGACGCCACUAGGUAAAUCUACUGUCAACGAGUCCGAUCCUCACUACGCCGGUCUAUACUGCGGUAUCACCUCGAGUAACCCUGCCCUCAAGGGCCAGAUAGAGUCCCAUGAUGCUGUCCUGCACCUAGGUCCGUUUAACGUUAGUGGAAACACGGGUGGAUUCAGCACACAGCUCCCCGCCGAUAAGCUCAUUGAACUACACCCUGGAUUCUGCUCAGUGGGAGGAAAGGUCUGGAAGGGUCUUGACUUUAGACCUGUUAUUACGAAGCUCCUCGCCAGACUCGCCAAAGAACCUAUCCAACGGAAAGUAGACCUUGCCAAGAUACUCCCCAAGACCUCAGAGAAACCAUCUGAUGACAACUGUACUGAUCCCCUUGACCACGCUCGCUUCUGGGACCGCCUCUCCAAGUUCCUACGCCCCAACGACUUUGUCAUUGCCGAAGUGGGAACCUCACAGUUUGGCUCCCAGGGCCUCACACUUCCCGACAACACCACAUACUUCUCCCAACUCUACUACAGUUGCAUCGGCUUCUCAGUCCCUGCCACUUUGGGUGUCCUCCUCGCCCGUCGCGAGACCUCCAGCCCAGGCCGCGUCAUCCUCCUUGUCGGCGAUGGCAGUCUACAUAUGACCGUCCAGGAGAUCGGCACCAUGGUUCGCGAGGGCUUCAAGCCCAUCAUCUUCGUAGUCAACAACAAGGGCUACACCAUCGAACGGCUCAUCCACGGCCCCGAGCAGCAGUAUAACGACAUCUCUGAGAUGUGGGAUUACCAGAAGAUGCUCGGCUUCUUCGGCGCCAAGGACAGCAGAAGCUACACUGCGCGCACUUACAAGGAGCUCGGCGUCAUCUUGAACAAUGAGACUUUCCUUAAGACAGACGUCAUCCAGGUUGUUGAAAUCUUCUUUGAUAUCAUGGACUCGCCGUGGAACUUGACUGAUUUGCUCAAGCUCAAGGAGGAGAGGCUAGCUAAAGCACGAGCCGAGAAGGAGAAGGCCGCAGCACUUGCACCUGCUAACUAG